GACGCGUCGCGGGGAUUGCAGCGCUCUGCGUUUCCGCGUUAGCAGCGGGGGGAACCAGCCGAGGGGAGGGAACGGAACACAGCGAGAUUGGCCGAAUCUAACUGGAUUACGCUGCCCGUGUCGCGAUUAAAAUGAAAAAGAAGUGACAUUCGACCCUGCGGCCGUGUUUAGGAAGUGAGCGUGGGAUCAUGACAUUCGCUCGCGCACGAGACGGGCUGACGGCACUGCCUGACAUGUGAGACAUCAGGACGAAUACAACAACAGUACGCUUGUGUGGCUGUCUCCGCCACCGUCUGUUUAUGCUCGCUCUGUUGAUGCACAUUUUGCAUUCGUUUCGCAUUUGCUGGGAGGCAAUAUGAAGAAGUUCAAUAUCAGGAAGGUGCUGGACGGCUUGACUGCGGCGUCCUCUUCCUCCUCCGCCGCCGCGUCCCCUCAGUCGGGAAACAGGGAGAAUGACAUGAUUCAGGAGACCCUGCAGUCAGAGCAUUUCCAGCUCUGCAAGACAGUGCGACAUGGCUUUCCAAAUCAACCCUCUUCCAUGGCUUUUGACCCUGUGCAGAAAAUUCUGGCUAUUGGCACACAGAGUGGAGCCCUGAGACUAUUCGGUCGAGCAGGAGUGGAGUGUUACUGCCGGCAUGAGAGCGGAUCGGCUGUCAUCCAGCUGGAGUUUCUUGUCAAUGAAGGGGCGCUGGUCAGUGCUUUGGCAGAUGACAGUAUUCAUUUGUGGAAUCUGAGGCAAAAACUUCCAGCCAUCCUUCAUUCUCUUAAAUUUAAUCGGGAGAGGAUCACGUUUUGCCAUUUGCCAUUUCAGAGUAAAUGGCUGUACGUGGGCACGGAAAGAGGGAACAUUCACAUUGUCAAUGUGGAGUCCUUCACCCUCUCAGGCUAUGUGAUCAUGUGGAACAAAGCCAUUGAACUUUCCUCAAAGACUCACCCUGGACCUGUAGUUCAUAUCAGCGAUAACCCUAUGGACGAAGGAAAACUUUUAAUUGGUUUUGAGUGUGGCAUAGUUGUGCUUUGGGACUUGAAAUCGAAGAAGGCUGACUACCGAUACAACUAUGAUGAGGCGAUCCACUCUGUGGCUUGGCAUCACGAGGGGAAACAGUUUGUGUGCAGUCACUCUGAUGGCACGCUUACCACAUGGAAUAUACGCGCUCCUGCCAAGCCUGCCCAGAUCAUUACACCGCAUGGUAAACAGCCUAAGGAUGGAAAGAAGCCGGAGCCAUGCAAACCCAUCUUGAAAGUGGAGUACAAAACUACCAGGGCAGGGGACCCAUUCAUGAUACUGUGUGGAGGUUUGUCAUAUGAUACAGUGGGUAGGCGAGCCUGUCUGACUGUGAUGCAUGGGAAAAGCACUGCAGUGCUGGAGAUGGACUACCCCAUAGUGGAUUUCCUUACGCUGUGUGAAACCCCAUAUCCAAACGAUUUCCAGGAGCCUUAUGCGGUUGUUGUCCUGCUGGAGAAGGAUUUGGUUGUCAUUGACCUUGCACAAAUUGGGUAUCCGAUCUUCGAGAAUCCUUAUCCUCUGUCCAUCCACGAGUCUCCGGUGACCUGCUGCGAAUAUUUUGCGGACUGUCCAGCUGAAGUCAUUCCUGCACUUUACUCAGUGGGCUCCCGACAGAACAGACAAGGGUUCAGUAAGAAGGAAUGGCCCAUAAGUGGAGGUAACUGGGGCCAGGGAACACUGAGUUUCUCAGAGAUGAUCAUCACUGGGCAUGCUGAUGGAUCGAUCAAGUUUUGGGAUGCCUCAGCAUUAAUGCUGCAGGUUUUGUAUAAGCUGAAAACAGCGAAGGUGUUUGAGAAGCCCCGCGGUAAAGAGGAGAAAUCCAGCACUGAAAUUGUGGAUGAAGAUCCGUUCGCCAUUCAGAUCCUGUCCUGGUGUCCAGAGAGCCGUGUGCUCUGUGUGGCUGGAGUAUCGGCUCAUGUCAUAGUGUACAGGUUCAGCAAACAGGAAGUCACCACUGAAGUGGUUCAGCUCCUGGAGGUGCGUAUGCAGUGUGAGCUGAAUGAAGUGGAGUCUCCCGAGUGCGGAGGUGAGCAGGCGUCGGCUGUGUCCACCCCAGGAACCUCAUCCAGCCCUCAGACCAGCCUGCCUCAGUCCCACCCCUCCACCAGCAGCAACAACUCGUCUGACGGCCUGCGAGAUAACGUGCCCUGUCUCAAGGUCAGGAGUUCUCCUCUCAAACAGUCUGCGGGUUACCAGGUGGAGCUGCUCAUUCAGCUGGUGUGGGUCAGUGGGGAGCCGCCACAACCAAUCACCAGCCUGGCCGUCAACUCUGCAUAUGGCCUAGUUGCUUUUGGCAAUGGUAACGGACUUGCAGUGGUUGAUUACCUUCAGAAAACUCUGCUUCUGAACGUGAGCACCGCUGAGCUGUAUGGCUCAACAGAUCCUCACCACAGACAACCACACUCGCCCCGCAAAACCAGACAGCCCUCGGCAGGUCUUUGUGAUGGUAAUGAUGCAUCAGCCGCACCAGAGGAGAGAUGCAAAUCACCAACUUCAGGCUCUGGUUCACCGUGCAAUUCUGAUGAAGACAGCAAACAAAAGUUCAUUGACAAGGUGAUGUCCAAAAGCAAGCGGAUAUCCAAGACUGUUGCCAGUGACUUUGCUAAGAUAUCCCGGAAAAUUAACAUGAUUGCUGAUCAUAAAGAUGACGCCAGGGACAACUCGUUCAGCCGCUCACGCAGCUCCAGUGUGACCAGCAUUGACAGAGAGUCACGUGAGGUCAUUUCCUCCUUCUAUUUUUGUGACUGGCUGUUGAAGAAGAGUGAGACUGUGGCAGUGCCCAGCCUGUGGGUGGGCACCUCAUUGGGUAGCAUGCUGGCCAUCGCCCUAACUGUGCCCUCCACACCAGAGCAGAGGAUGCAACAGCCUGUGGGCGUCUCUUUCUGUGGUCCAGUAGUGCGCUUGAAGGGAGGCAUUUUGCGUAUGGCCCAGUUGGAUGCCAGCGGGACCCUUCUGCCCCACGUUUACGAGUCCUGGUAUGAGCCCAACGCCCCUGAGGAGGAGAGAGAACAGCCACGGAGACGCCGGCCCACCUCGCCUCCUUCUCAGGAGAACCCGGACUGUCAGUACGCCGUGGUCUGCUCAGAGAAACAGGCUAAGGUGGUGGCGCUGCCCUCCCAAAACUGUGUCUAUGAACACAACAUCACAGAGACCUCCUUCGUACUUAGAGCCGACAUGGUGACACUGACCGCAGGGGUCGGCAUCGCCUGUUUCUGUGCCAAUGGCCACAUUAUGACUCUCAGUUUGCCCAGCCUGCGGCCACUGCUGGAUGUAAACUACCUUCCCCUGACGGACAUGAGGAUAGCCAGAACCUUCUGUUUCUCAAACCAAGGCCAAGCCCUGUACCUCACAUCGCCCACUGAGAUCCAAAGAAUCACCUAUAGCCAGGAAACCUGUGAUAACCUGCAGGAGAUGCUUGGAGAGCUGUUUACUCCAGUAGAGACACCAGAGGCUCCAAACCGAGGCUUCUUCAAGGGCUUAUUUGGAGGCGGGGCUCAGUCCUUAGACAGAGAGGACCUGUUCGGAGAGGUGACUGCUGGUAAGGCCUCACGCAGCCUGGCGCAGCACAUCCCGGGUCCAGGUGGUAUGGAGGGCAUGAAGGGGGCUGCGUCCGGUGUGGUGGGAGAAUUGGCACGGGCGAGGAUAGCUCUGGACGAGAGAGGACAGAAACUAGGCGAGCUGGAGGAGAGGACUGCAGGCAUGAUGGCCAGCGCAGACUCCUUCUCUAAACAUGCGCAUGAUAUAAUGCUGAAAUACAAGGACAAGAAGUGGUACCAGCUCUGAGAUCAGCGCACCCUCCUAUGAAGACAGCAGAUCCAUCAUCUCUCCUCCGUCUCUUCCUUCUCUUCCUGUAUCUUUCUCUCUCUGUGAUGUCCAGAGACUGCCACUCUCGCUCAGCACAACGUCACGUGGCAUUACCUCGAGCUGAGGAGCUGCGGAGAGACAGGAGACAGGAGGGGAAGGAACAGGACAGGUGAAACGCAUCAGGAUGGGAUUUCCUUCCCUUCUCGGUGGCAGUUGAGUUUCCUCUCCUGAAAACAAAGCCGUGGAUCUUGUCUUGGGAGAGGAGGCCCUUCGCCGGUGCUGCCCCCUGUCUUACACCUUCAUCCGCCACGCUGUCAUUUUCACUGCCAUUCUACCUGCAAAGAAACUACAGAAAGGACAUUUUGGGAAAUGAAAGAUAUAAGGUUAACGAAAUGGGUCAGAAGGACAUAGAGCUGACUAAAGAAGGUCUAACAUCUGCAGCUUUGCCAAGCUUAAUGCUUCUGAUAAUCUGUCACUAGAGCAAGAAUAGGCUGCAUGUCUAGUGAUAUAAUUUAGGAAAUUAGUGCUUUUUCUUGUUUUUGGAAUUGGGAUGAAUCUCAUCUAAGUAAUAUUUCACCUCAAAAUCAAUAUUUUGCAUAAAGAAAACCUAUUUUUAGGAGGCAAGUGUGUUCCUUAAGCAAAAUAUUACAUUAAUUUUGAUUUUAGGUUGAAGCAUAACUAGAUUUCAUGAGAUUCACCAAGUAAUCAUGUUAGCUAUGGAAAAGGCCAGAUUGUCUUACAUAAGGUGUAAUUAAGUAUUUAAUUUAACCUCUAAAGGGCUGGAAGUUGCUGUAUUUACCACAUAUCAUGUGAUUAUUUUGCCAUAUGAAAUUGGAGACAGGCCUAGGCAGCGAAGCUGAUCUGAUCAUGCAUCAUUUUAUUGUUUCGUCAUACUGGUUUACACUGAUCAGGUCUCAAAAGAGCUUUUAGGGAAGAGCUCUGACUUUGAUGUACUCUAUACGCUGUGUUGACACUGGAGAAAGAUGUUCAUUUUAAAUAUAUAUAUAUAUAUAUAUAAAGAUCUAAGGAAUAUGUUGGUGAAUCUCACAAAAAAAUGUCUGGCUCAUAUUUAACACCAAUAUCAAAAUCAUUUAUUUAAAUUUAAAUAGUACA